AUGUUGGCUGACUGUAUUCUAAUACUGCUCACGUCGUUACUCUUUUGUAUUUCCCAUGGCGAUGUGAGCUAUUCUUUCCCGGAGGAAAUGAAACGCGGAUCAGUGAUCGGGAACAUAGUAAAUGAUCUUGGACUUCAACUGAGCAGACUUUCAACUAGGAAGGCUCGAAUCGUUGUCGAGGGAAACCGUAAACGUUACUGCGAGAUUAAUGUUGAAACCGGAGAUCUGGCGGUUGCUGAUAGGAUUGACCGAGAGGAGCUUUGUGGAGCAAAGAUGUCAUGUCUGUUGAAAUGUGAAUUAGUACUUGAGGAUCCACUCGAAUCCCAUCGGAUAUCUUUGCAAAUCCAGGAUGUAAAUGACAAUCCACCCGUUUUCAUUAAGGAUAUUGUUAAAAUGGAAAUACGCGAGUCAGCUCCCAAAGGCUCUCGCUAUAGGAUAAAUGCAGCAGGCGAUGCAGACAUUGGACAAAACGCUGUCCAAAAUUACAUUUUACAAAAGAACGAUUAUUUUGCUCUGAAUGUACAAACUAAUUCUUUUGGCAAAAAAUAUAGUGAGAUUGUUUUAGAUAGAGAAUUAGAUCGUGAAGAACAGCAUGAGAUGACUUUAUUCCUCACAGCCGUCGAUGGUGGCACUCCUCAGAGAUCAGGAACCGCAGUCAUACAAAUCACUGUGCUGGAUGCGAAUGAUAACGCUCCAGUCUUCGGCCAGGCAGUCUAUGAGGCUACUCUACUUGAAAACUCUCAUAUUGACACUGUAGUAGUUACAGUGAGUGCUACUGAUAUAGACGAAGGCGUGAAUGGUAAAGUAACAUAUGAAUUCAGUGGAAUUAGUGGUAUUGCAAAAGAGAUAUUUUCAUUGAAUGAACGUACCGGAGAAAUUACAGUAGGAGGAAAUAUUGAUUUUGAAGAAGAAUCAAAAUUCGAAAUGCUAAUUGAAGGAAAAGAUGGCGAUGGCCUUUACUCAGAAACAAAAGUAGUAAUUGAUAUCAUUGACGUGAAUGACAAUGCUCCAGUGAUACACAUUAGUUCAUUAGCAAACCCCAUACCUGAGAAUGUGUCACCUGGUACAGAGGUGGGCAUCAUUAAUGUGCAGGAUGCAGACUCAGAAAAUAACGGACAGGUCCGCUGCUCCAUUCAGCAAGGCGCCCCUUUUAAAUUAGUACCCUCCAUUAAAAACUACUAUUCUCUGGUGACUGCAGGUCAACUGGACCGUGAACUAGUGUCUGAUUACAACAUUACAAUCACAGCCACUGACGAGGGCUCUCCACCUCUGUCCUCCUCUAAAACUGUUCAGUUAUCUGUAGCAGACAUCAACGACAACCCACCUGUGUUUGAGGAACAGUCGUACAGCGCAUAUGUGAGUGAAAAUAACAAACCUGGCUCCACUUUAUGUUCCGUUACUGCUCGAGACCCCGACUGGAGACAAAACGGUACAGUGAUUUAUUCUCUGUUAGCUGGUGAGGUGAACGGAGCCCCGGUGUCCUCCUAUGUGUCUGUUAACGGAGACACGGGGGUGAUCCACGCUUUGAGGUCGUUUGAUUAUGAACAGUUCAGGAGUUUUAAAGUCCACGUGAUGGCCAGAGACAACGGUUCUCCUCCGCUGAGCAGCAACGUGACCGUCAGUGUGUUCAUAUCCGAUGUGAAUGACAACUCUCCUCAGAUAUUAUACCCGGCCCCGGAGGGCAACUCCUUCAUGACCGAGCUGGUCCCUAAAGCUGCACACGGAGGCUCUCUGGUGUCCAAAGUGAUAGCGGUGGACGCGGACUCCGGACAGAACGCCUGGCUGUCCUAUCAUAUAGUCAAAUCCACUGAUCCGGGACUUUUCACUAUUGGUGUCCACAGCGGAGAGAUCAGGACACAGCGGGACAUUUCUGAAUCUGACAGCAUGAAACAGAACCUUAUUGUGGCAGUGAAAGAUAACGGACAGCCCUCUCUCUCUGUCACCUGUUCCAUGUAUUUACUUAUUUCUGAUAACUUGGCUGAGGUCCCAGAACUGAAGGAUAUUUCUUAUGAUGAGAAGAAUUCCAAACUGACCUCUUAUCUGAUCAUCGCGCUGGUGUCUGUGUCCACCUUUUUUCUGACCUUCAUCAUCAUCAUCCUGGGUGUGAGGUUUUGUCGCAGAAGAAAGCCCAGACUGUUGUUUGAUGGAGCAGUUGCCAUCCCCAGCGCUUAUCUCCCUCCUAAUUACGCAGAUGUUGACCCCACAGGAACUUUACGCAGCACUUAUAAUUAUGACGCCUACUUGACAACAGGUUCUAGAACCAGUGACUUUAAGUUCGUUUCAUCUUACAAUGACAACACUCUGCCUGCUGACCAGACUCUGAGGAAAAGUCCAUCUGAUUUUGCUGAUGCGUUUCAAGAUUCCUUGGAGACUCUAGAGGUAGGCUUGUUUUAA